AUGUCAAAUAUAGAAGCUUCUUCUUCUCCUGUUGAUCCUAAAUCAGAAGAUGAGAUGGAUGAAAGACCAACAACGAAGAAAAGACCAAGAAUAGUUGAUCCUGAUGAAGAAGAUAAUGCCGAUGAUGCCGUUGAAGCAAAGGACGAUGAGAAAGCUGAAGAAGAUGAGGGUGAUGAAGAUGAGGACGAUGAUGAUGACGAAGACGACGAAGAAGAUGAGGAUGAGGAGAACGAUGGUGAAAGACGUCGCAAGCGUCGGAGAAAGCAAAAAAGAUAUAGGUUCUUGGAUGUCGAAGCUGAGGUAGACGACGAGGACGAAGAAGAAGAUGAGGACAAUGAUUAUGGAGAUGUCGCCGAGUUCAUUGACGAAGCACCAGAAGAAGGAGCAGCUCAAAGUGAUUAUCAACAUCGAAGAUUGGAUAGGUCAUUCGGUAGAAACGAGGAAGAAGACGUUCAGGAUAUAGUUCAGAGACUGAAAGAAAGACAUGCAAGAACAGCUGCAGCGAGAUAUAACGGAGAUAGUGAUGCUGUGCCCCAGCGAUUGCUGAUGCCAGGUGUCAAUGAUCCGAGUUUGUGGAGGGUUUAUACCAAGACACAGUCCGGUCGAGAAGCUGCUAUUUGUGCUUCCAUCUUCCGAAAGGUCUUUUCCCAACAAUAUUCCGCCAAUCCUAUCGAAGUGAUUUCAGUAUUCUUCCGUGAUUCCCUCUCUGGUAUGAUUUUCCUCGAAGCUCGAACAUCUGCAGCAGUCAGUGCAGCUAUCAAUGGUAUUGUCGGCAUCUUCGCCUCUAGGGGAGUCUCCCUCGUACCCAUAGAAGAAAUGGCACCGUUACUGAAAAUCAAGAAGAAGGAUGUCAAUCUUAUACCUGGAAUGUGGAUCAGAAUGAAACGCGGUAAAUAUAAUGGUGAUCUAGCACAAGUGGUGGACACAGAUCAAAUUACAAGUGGUGUAGUAGGAAUCAAGUUUAUACCUCGGAUCGAUCUUACUCCAAGAGAGAAAAGAAAGGAAAAAGCGGCCAACGGAAAAGGAUUAGCAUCAGCUACGAAACCGCCUUCAAGGUUAUUCUCGUAUGAUGACGUUAGAAAGAUAUAUGGAAGACAAAGUGUCAGAACAAGUGCUCAAGGAAGCUUCUUCUUCGACAAUGAUGAAUAUAUAGAUGGAUUUUGUGUCAAAGAUGUCAAAAUCGCUAUAAUCGAAUCUGAAAAUGUCAACCCAACAUUAGAAGAAAUAUCAAGAUUCUCAGGAGAUGAUCAGUCCACUGCGAAAUUCGAUUUAUCGGCUAUUGCAGAUGCCAACAAAAACUUGACUGUUUCAGUCCUUUUCCCAGGUGAUCAAGUUGAAGUUUACGAAGGUGAACAAACUGGUUUAUAUGGUUCUGUCGAAACUGUUUCGUCAGAUGUUAUAGCUAUCAAAGCUGUUGGUGGAGACGUUCAUGGUCAAACAAUUGAGGUACCUUCUAGAAGCGUAAGAAAGAGAUUCGACGUAGGUGAACAUGUCAAAGUAUUGGCAGGUAAAAACGCAGAUGCUACUGGUAUGGUGGUGGAGAUUAAAGGUGACGUUGUCACUUUGAUGUCAGACCAAGGGGAGCAAGAAAUCAAAGUAUUCUCUAAAGAUAUCAGAAAAGCAGCGGAUACGACAAACACAACGAAACAAGGUGGAUUAUACGAUCUUCACGAUCUCGUCAUGCUAGAUUCAACUACUGCAGCAGUAGUGACUAAAGUCGAAGGAGCCCUGCUACGUGUGCUCGACCAGAACGGUGCCGCAAGAAGUGUAACACCAGAUCAAGUCACUAUACGUCGAGAUAACAAGCGAUUUGCCGUAGCUACCGAUUCACAAGGAAAUGAUAUGAAAGUUGGAGACAAUAUGAAGGAAACUGAAGGCGAGAGUCGACAAGGAGAAGUAAUCAACAUCUUCCGAUCACUUUUCGUCUUCCUUCACAAUCGAGAUCUCACAGACAACAAUGGUGUUUUCGUUGCUCGAGCUCAAUCCCUGAUUUCAGUUACACCCAAAUCUGCAGUUAGCGAUCUGGGCAAAAUGAACCCAGCUCUUAAUCAGCAGCUUCCUUAUGGCGGUGCAUCUCUCAUGCCUCCUCCCCCGACCAACAUCAACAGGAAUAGACUGAUCAAUACCCUUGUUGUGGUUGUAAAGGGAACAAGUAAAGGUUUACUGGGAACCAUCAGAGAUAUACAAGGUGACAAUGCCAGAGUCGAGUUGAAGACGAAUAACAAAACGUUAACUAUCGCUUUGACUUCCCUCAAGAGGAAAGAUCAAAAGACCGGUGCGACAUUCCCGCUCGAAGCUGGUGGUCAAAGCACCUUUGGACGUGGACCUGCUGCUGGAGGAUACGAUGUCAAUCCUUAUAGUGGGGCUCCUACGACCGGCGGACAGACUCCCGGUGGAUUUGGUGGGAGAACGCCAGGUGCUCGAUUCGGGCAGACACCCAAUCCUUACGCUGCAGGUGCAAUGGGUGGUGGCAAGACCCCCAAUCCAUACGCAGCAGCAGCAGGUGCGGGUGGACGAACGCCUGCUCCUGGUUGGGGUGCAGGCGGUAAGACUCCAGCGCCAGGAUGGGGCGGGGCGGGAGGGAAGACUCCUGGAUGGGGUGGCGGGGGCGGCAAGACACCUGCUCCUGGCUUUGCAGAUGGUGGACGAACUCCUGGAUGGGGGGCUUCGGGUAUGGGAGGUAAAACGCCAAACCCUUACGGCGCUCCUGCUGGACCUUCGGGUGGACGGACCCCUGCUCCGCAAGGUUCAAUGUAUGGUGCAGGUGCCAAUGCUGGCGGACCAAGUUACGGUAAUGGACCAUUGACAGCUCCGACGCCGUAUGGAGGCCCUACACCUGGAAUACAGUCCGCUCCUACACCUGCCGCGCCAUCCAAUCUUUACUCUGCACCUACACCAUAUGGUGCUCCAACACCUUUUGCCGGGCCGCCGACUUAUGCUGCACCUACGCCCGGUGGACCCCUCUCAGCGCCUACACCUGGUAUGGGCGGUCCUACGCCCUACGGUGCACCAACGCCAUUCGGAGGAGCUCCUACGCCUUACGGCGGAGGUGCGACAAAUGGAGGUGUGGCAGGACCGGAAGGCAUUGCAUGGGAUUGGGCAUUAGAUUUCCGUAAUGUAAUAGUCGAGGUUGGAUCAUCACAAAAACCAAAUACCAGAUCACCGUUACAUUUCCAACGUGGAUUACAUGAUGGCAAGAGAUUCGGAUACGACACUAUCAAUGGAGAACUGUGUCAUUGUAUAUCGUUAGAUGAUCCAAAUACAAUCGAAGAUAUACCUGCCGAAUAUCUAAAACCAUCAAAACCUGAUCAACCUGGUCAAAUGGUAGUGUGCGUGGGAGCAUCGGGAUCUCAAGAACAACAAAGAGGUUUACAACGAAUAACUCAAUAUGAAAAUGGUGGUUCCUGGAUGAUGGAAAUGGAUCCUGAAGAUUCAAGUGCAUUGGUUUGGGAGGCCAUUGAUUUGUGCAGAAUCUGGAAGGUAUAA